GCUCAUCGUCCGCAAACACCGAGGCCUUCGAUCGGUUUCUGUAGUUUCUUCUCCCUCUAUCGAUGGCUUUGUUGCUUUCUCCCAUCUGUCGACGCCGCGUCAUGCGACAGAAGGCGUUUGCGUCGACGAGAGGGAUCACCGGGGCGAACGAGCUUGCUGGACUGCUGGUUUCAGUUAUAUGGCGAGGCUGGUUAGUUUCUAUUGAGGAGCACAGAGCUGCUUCCAAGAAGCGACGAGAUGUUACAUCUCUGAUCAGAUGAGACUUCUUGUCAAGAUAUAGGGCCAUCUUGAUGGACAUUCUAUCGGUGGGUGGCUUAAUUCCAAGAGUAAACAGAGAUGACAAUAGAAACAUACUUGGAGUACAUGAAAUUGUCUAGGCCUACUAGUGAAGAGCACAUAAUGUACCUGCGAAGGACAAAUCUUUUGGUCCCAUUUGAACAACCUGUCCUCAAAACUUGUUGAACAAGUUGGAGAAAUCAUCAUCCAAGGAUAUCAAGCUUGAUUGCAACAGGCAUCCAAGGAUGAAAAGCCUUAUUUAUCGCAAAAGCAGGCUUAUCCGCAAUCCUUUUUCUUGUGGGUAUCUGAUAUGUUCAAGAUUAGAACUUUAUGAGGUAUGCAAAGUAAAGGUGUAUCUGCUUCACGGAGUACCAUAUUUUGAUCAAGGUAGAUGCAUGGAGCUGCCACAUGAAGAACGAGUAAUUUGCCAAAUUUAUCUCAACAGUCCAUCCACAUCAGGUGGUCAGUGACAGAAUGCUGUAUCGAGGCUGUUGUGGAAUGGCAUCAUUCUUCAGAUGUUGAACAACAUAGUGAACAUUGUGCCCAUGCAAGAGAAUGCCAACAAAAUGUCUGUUCGAGCUAAAUGGGGAAUAGAAAACAAUUGCAUGUGAACCCAAUAAAGCCAGAGGCAACUGUGACCUUGGACCCAGGAUCUCCCAGUAGAGACAAGUUAUGGUGGCACAAAGUUUUAGAACUACAGCUUUGUUCAUGAGGUAAGAAGAAACACUGCAUAUCAAGUGAACUAUGUUCGUGCAGGUUUGGAUGGGAACUGCUAACAAGCAGCUGAUCCUGCAGUCAAGUGAAACUUCGAUUGGAGUGCCAAAAGAACACUGAAGUUCCUCACAAGAUGAUCCAACCACAGGUAAAUCUCUUCCAUUUAUCCUAUGUGGUAUCUUCUUUAGCAAAUUAUUCGGUCAAACAUAACCACUUACAGAAGUUGCAAGGGACCAGAUCAAAGUCUAAAGAGAUCAUCUGGUCCCCUCUCAGCGUUUGACGGAAGAAUGAAAGAGGAAAAAGAAAGAUGACAAGGUAGAUCAGUUCUGUGGCUACAAGACGUACUAAAUCGUCAUUACAUGCAAAAUGUUAUCAUCUAUAGAACUAACUUUAUGUGGCCAUGUGAGAGAAGGCUUCAGAUGCAAUGUCUCUGGUAAGACCAUGAAACAUUGAGCACGAAGCAUGCAUGAAGCGGAAUGGUCACCCACUGGUGAGAAGUCUUCGCACACAGGAAGCUGAUAGAUUCUCAUCCUGUCAACUUGACCUGCAAACGAGCCACAAGGUCUGAUGCUUGUAUGACGGGAUCUAUGAAGGUAAAAUCCCUCUAUUUCUCAUUUAAAAAUUUGAUUUUGCCCAUGAAAUUAUUAUAUAUCCUCUCCGGCACAAUGGACAAAGAUAAAGCAUCCGAGGUACCUGGGGGAGCCCACAUGCCAUGUAUUAUAUAGUUCUUGGGUGUAGACAAGAUGUGUAUUUUGUGUACAGCGUGACUGCGACGUCUACAGCCACCCACACGCUACGUUGCCAAAAUCACACUUCUCUAUUCACUUGACGACACAAGUAGAGAGAGAGAGAGAGAGAGAGAGAGAAGUGUAUAGGUACUUUAUGUUGUACCAGAUUUGGCCAUACGAUCCCCUUCGUAUGUGAUUGGCAAAAGCCAAUGGAGCAUCAGCCGCAGUAUACUAUCAGCAGUAUGGACAGACUGCGAACUCUCCUGUAUGUGUUCCACCCACUUCUUCCUCGCAUUCAAUGCCGCAAGUCGAUGAAGGCUCGGGAAACAUGUUACCACCACCACCUGCACGGGGUGCUUACUGCCACAGCCGGAAGCUUUGCAGAACUAUUCAUGGCAGUGACCUGUUUCUUACUGCAAGUGGACGAUCGUCUCUCUCUCUCUCUCUCUCUCUCUCUCUCUCAUGGGGCGGACACAUCGGAGCUUCUGUCCUGGAGAAACUCAGGCUAAUCUCGUGACAAUGUGUGUGCUUUGUGCCCAUUUUGAUCCGUAGGAACAAUACACCAAACAUGACAGAGACUGAGUCAAAGAUGGACCCAAAGAGACGAGCUGACAACACCGCUUCUGUGCAAUCUCUACACUACCUGUCAGGGACUCAAUAAUACUGUGUCUCCACGGCAACGAUCUUUUGGGGACAAAGAACACAUGGGAUCGCUAUCAGCAAAGGGGACUGUAACGCCCAGACUACGCACCGCUUCGCACCUUUGGCCAUGGCCAGACGGUGCUUUUGGCCAUAUGAUGCUGCUCGGUCCGGUGGGGACAAAGCAGUCGUUCAGAUUGCUUCGAGGAAAAGCAAGGGAGAUGCUGGUCAUUGCAGCAGUGGCCACAAGGUGAGCGAGGGCCAAAACCCUCAUCUUUGGGAUAAGUAAUCAACUAUUUGGUUCCUUGUUAGAGAGGCUGGACAACAAGAGGGCUCGAGCAUAGCGUCGAGAAGAGAGACAAACAUUAUAUCUGCUUGCCACAACAUUUCUUUUCCCCUUUUCUUUUCCAUCCGCCUUUAUUCAGCAACUGCAAAUUAUUUGUCGCCAAAUGCCGAUUUUUCCUUCAGCAGAAGAGCUGAAGCGAGCGGCUUCUCCAGUGCCGUGGAGUGUGUAGCCUCCGCCGUAGCUCUUCCUCAACCCCGGUCGCCGCCAUCGGCAGGGAACUCCUUUGUCUCUUGAUCGCUCGAGGACUGCCUUUAGGCGAAGCUUCUGGAAUCUAUGGGUCAAGAUGUAGUUCUGGAAUUUGACAAUCAUUUUCAAGGAAGAUUGGGGCAUAAAAUUGUUAGUGCCUGUAGUCCUAGCAGUAGAAAGGUACAAGAGAGAUGUAGAAAAGGACAGCCUGCAAACACAAUCAACUACUUGAAGAAUUUGGAUGGUGAUUUUAGAGAACUUAGCCAUAGAUAUUCAUCAAAUCUCCGUUAUGAAUUUAUGCACUCCACAAGUCUUGGUUGCAACGAUGAGAAUGAAGUGCUAAAAAGGGGAUCUAUGUAUCAGAGCUCUAAAGAAGUCAGGAGAAUGAGAAAACUACGAGAGCGAAGGAGGGAAGUAGAAUCUAGGUGUACUGAUGAUGAUUUUAUUUCAUUUGAGAUUGUUGAUCAUUUGGCUCAGCAUGGCAUAAACAGAUCCAAUCAGUCACCACAUCAGAAGUUUUUGCCUCCUGUGUGUUCAAGUGCUGAUUCAAAACCUACAUCUGCUGACACACUUAACUCAACUGCCAUGAGCUCUAUGGAGUUUCUGGAUCUUUCGUUCCGUGAUCUUCCUGAUAAGCCUUUGCAUACCAAUAACUUGUGCUCCAAUUUUGGACCAGCAAAAGGUAACUUGGUAGAUGAUCUCUUGGAGAUCUGCCUACACUCUGUCAAUACAAGAACUCACUGUACAGAAGCAAGUUCUGAGUUGCUAGAAGUUGGACCUCUCAAGGAGCAAGAAUCUGGUUGUCACGAGAAGUUUGGUCCUGAAAGUCAUGGGAAAAUCAUUUGUGAAAGAAAUUCACUAAACAUUCUUCCAAAACGCUUUUCAGAAAAGACAAAAAUGUCCCACACACUUAUGCAGUUGGAAUAUGGUCUAGCUGAAGCCAGGGAUUCGAAAAAUAUGUUUAGCCCACUCAAGAAAAUGUUUGAUCCUUUGAUAAAAUCCAAAUCUCUCCGUGAUUCACCGCUCACAGGAACACAAAGAUCUGGGAGCAAAGUUAUUGAUUCCACAAGCAUUACGAGUAACGGAGUGUUUGAGGAUAUGGAGUGUGUGACAGGAGAGAUCUUGACUGCUUCUAUGUCGCCUGCUCAUCUACAUGGAAUUCUUAAACUUGAUAUUGAGAAUCAGAACCCAUCAUUUGAGUUCUCUCUACAAGAUCCAGAAGACACACUAUCUGCAAAAACAUGGAAAACGGAUAGUGCAUUUAACUGGGUUUACACCUUCCAUAGUUCUAGAAAAAAGAAUACUAACUAUGGGACUAAAGACAAACAUGGACAGUCGCCUCCAUUAGUUGGGCAGAUGCAGGUUUCUUGUUAUAUAUGCUCAGAAGUGAAAGAUAAUGGAUCUUUAGUUAAUUCGACAGUUGCAGAGUUUGUCUUAUAUGACAUUGCACGAGCAAGAAGACACUUUGUUGUCGAAGAAAGAUCCAAGUGCUCUUCAGAUUCCAUUCAACCUGUUACAAGUAAUGCUAUGGGAGGCCUGGUUGCAGAGGGACCUUAUGAGAGAAACAAUUCAGUGGAGCACCCAGAUUCUUCUAGACAUGGAUUUGGUAGUUCUGACUCAAGACCUUCGACUUCCUACCCCUGGACACCAAAAGAUUUGCAUCCGCGACAUGAGAUUGCGGCUAUUGUAACCCAAAUUCCUUUCAGCAAAAAGGAUAGUCUGAAAGAUAUGAAAGUGUCCAGGCCAAAAGAAAGCCAAAAUUUAUCAAGAUCUCCUACAAUUGAUCAGGGAAGGGAGAGAAAGAGCAGCUUGAAUCCUGCAAUGGUAAAGGUUGUGACUCCAAGUGGAGCUCAUGGGUUGCCAGACACUGUUGAAGGUGGCCCAUCUUCACUUCUAAAUAGAUGGAGGUUUGGUGGCGGCUGUGAUUGUGGUGGCUGGGACAUGGCCUGCCCAAUUGUUGUAUUUGACAAUUCCCAUGCUGACGAUUGGAUAGAUCAUUCAACAUGCGAAAUUGAAAAGUCCACGUUUCUUUUUGUUCAGGGAAAGAAGGAAAAGUUACCUGCACUAUCAAUAUCGGCUGAUGGCAAAGGACUUUAUUCAGUUGAUUUCCAUGCACAACUCUCAGCUCUACAGGCAUUUUCGAUCUGCAUUGCCAUCCUGCAUGGUUCUGAAGUUUCUUCGGCUGUUAUCCAGGAGAAGAUCAGACAGAGGUUUUACUCUAAUUCAUUAAAAUUACUCCUUGAGGAAGAAGUGCGGCAGUUGAUUGAAGCAGUUGCAACUGAAGAACAAAUAAAAGCAAAAAAAGGAACAGAGCAGAUGCCUCCCUCUUUUUUCCUAGACCCACCCUUUUCUCCGAUGGGCAGGGUUUAGAAUCGAAGCACUACAUGCUGAUUGAGCCGAAUGAUCUUGAAGCUAGAUCAAGCGAUGUCAGAGAUAGCAUGCUGGAAUGUGCUUGAGCAUCCCAAUUAUUUCUGGAAUAUAGCAGAAAUCUCUAGGGAAGAUUCGCCGCAAAGAUAAGUUAUGUCUUCUGUUACAAAGAUAAGUUACACCAAUGUUCAAUUAUUCAUACCAACUCUGAGUUCGUGAUAGCUGAUGUGUGCUAGAUCA